CAGCCAGAGGAGUACGGAUUAAGUGGCCGAAGAAAGAGGAACGAGGCAGGCUAGCGAGGCGGACGCUCCAAGUGCAUCGGACUCACCUGGGCCGGCGGCGAGUGGCGGCUCCGAGUGGGCUCCUGCCCUCCGCAGCAUGCGCCGCGCCUGCUAAGUCGCAGCCGUCUCGCUCUCACCUAGCGCCGCGGAUCCCGCCUGGAUGGAGUCCCCCCUGGGUUCCCAUUGGCUCCUGUGAGUGCUUGGGUGUCGGGAGCCUGUUUUUGGCGAGGGGAACCAACUUUUGAAGUUCGCCCAGGAGACUGCGUUCCAGCCCCAGCUCCCCGGCAGCGGGACUCGGCGGAGGCGCGACCGCGGCGCGAGUCACCAUGGUGAGUUGGCCGCGCCGCGUCCCAGGACGCCGGGCCGGGGGACUGGGCAGGAAACCCCGGCGCGGUGCACCCACUUUGGGCGCGCUGCCCGGGCCAGGAGUGGAGAAGGUGGACGCGGGAGCCGGCACGUCGCGAGCUCUGAUUUCCUGCCGCUUUCCGUAAACCCGGGCCGGGGGAGAGUGAGCGAGGGGCCAAGGAAAACUUUAUUCCAAGUCGCCUUCUGCGUCGCGAAACUUUCUGUGGCCGGGUUGCUAUGGCUGCCAGCUGUCGGAAGCCAGGGUGUGGGCGCAUCGGCGGCGAGGGGCACGGCGCUCUAGGGGGUCCCCUCCUCCUGCUGGGACGUGGGGGAUGCAGCCGGCAGGGGAGGUGCUCGCAGACUCGCGCCGCAGCCGCUGGCGGCACCCCCUGCCCUCCCCGCGGCCGUGCCCGCCCCGCCCCGGGCACCCUCUCGCCGACUCCCUCUCCUCCCCGCCGCCGCUCCGCCGCCCGGCAGCGCUCGCAGCUGUCCCGCCUGGCAGCGGCACGCGGGCGGGGGCGGUCCCCGGCCUGCCCUGGAGAGGGGCGGCGCGGGCCGCACAAAGGCAGGCGGGGGCGCCAGGUAGGGCGAGCACCUGGCGGCCAGCGGGCUGGCUGUGGAGAGCCGGGGCGAUCCGGGCGCUGACGGCAGCUACGCCGUCCCGGACCUGUGCCGGGCGCCGACCCCGAAGGUCUCGGCGCCCGGGACGCCGAGUAAACACCUCCCGAAGAGGACCCCACCCCUUCCCAAGCGCGAGGGGACCGGGGCUUUUCGGGGAUCCAGGGAACGUUUCGCACGGAAUGACGCUCUCGCGAGUUUCUAGUUUGUUGCUCUUUUCCCUUUGGCACUUUGGGAAUGUAUGGAAGGGGGCACCUCUUUGACUUGUGACUUUUCUGCUAUUCCACCUCCCCAGUCCAGCUGCACUCCCCUCCCUCCCUGUAUAACCUUAGCCACCUCCCUUGGGCUUUGGCGUGGCGUACUUUUCUUUCCGGGGCACAAAAGCAAGGACUCUAUUUUGAAGAGAUAGGCAGUUCAUCAGAGAGAGAGAGAGAGAGAGAGAGAGAAAAA